CUGCAUCUGGCAAUUAAUAAAGCAGAGAGGAUGAAUGAACCAUACUAUGAAGCAGUCCAGGAUUUCUAUACAUCUGACCUCAAGAAACCUGCACUAGAGGAAGUGAAUGUUUGGCCAUGCACUGUAAGGAGCAGCAGCAGCUCUGGAGUUGCCUUUUCUUGCCCAGGUGUCUUUCUUUGCCUCUCCUUGUUGUGCCUGAUAGGCAAUCUGCUGGGGCAUCCUCAGUGUCUGGAUUAUGGGCCGCCUUUCCAGCCCCCUUCUCACUUGGAGUUCUGCUCUACCUAUGAAAAUUUUGGCUGCUGUGACCAGGAGAGAGACAACAGCAUUGCCGCAAAAUACUGGGACAUCAUGGAUUAUAUCGAUCCUCGGGGGCAUAAACGGUGUGGAACAUAUAUCAAAGAUAUCCUGUGUCAGGAAUGUUCUCCAUAUGCUGCACAUCUCUAUGAUGCAGAAAACCCUCAAACACCUCUAAGAAACCUCCCAGGACUUUGUUUUGACUACUGCUCCGAGUUUCACUUCAACUGCCGCUCUGCCAUCAGCCUGCUGACAAGUGAUAAGCUCAUCCGAGAAUGCUGCGAGACAAACAAGACGCGCUUUUGCAACCUCCUUCACCUACAUGAUGAGGACUACUGCUUCCCCAACGUGCUGAAGAACACGGCUCUCAACCGCAACCUGGGGUCGGUGGUGGAGGACCGCAAAGGCUGCCUCCAGCUCUGUCUGACCGAGGUUGCCAAUGGCCUGAGGAACCCAGUGCUCAUGGUGCACGCGAAUGACCAAACCCACCGCAUGUUCGUAGCUGAGCAGGUGGGCAUGAUCUGGGUCUACCUACCUGAUGGCAGCCGGCUGGAGGAGCCCUUUCUGGAUAUUAAAAGUAUAGUGCUGGCUACGCCGUGGAUAGGAGAUGAGAGGGGCUUUCUGGGGAUGGCUUUCCACCCCAAGUACAAGUACAAUGGGAAGUUUUAUAUUUAUUACUCUUAUAUGGAUAAGAACCGAGUGGAAAAGAUCAGGAUAAGUGAAUUAAAGGUUUCAGCAUCUGAUGUCAACAAAGCUGAUCCACACUCAGAAAGGAAUCUUUUGGAGCUUGAAGAACCAGCUGCAAAUCAUAAUGGUGGGCAGCUGCUCUUUGGUGUGGAUGGCUAUUUGUAUCUGUUUACAGGGGAUGGAGGGAAAGCUGGAGACCCUUUUGGAAAAUUUGGGAAUGCUCAGAACAAGAGUGCUUUGUUGGGGAAAGUCUUGAGGAUUGACGUGGAUGGGAAAAGCCCUGAUGGAAAGCCUUAUCGCAUUCCUCCUGAUAAUCCAUUUGUGUCUGAUCCCAAGGCCCAGCCUGAGGUGUAUGCCUAUGGGGUCAGGAAUAUGUGGCGGUGUGCAGUUGACAGAGGGGACCCUGUAACAAAGAAGGGAAGGGGGAGGAUAUUCUGUGGGGAUGUUGGGCAGAACAGAUUUGAAGAAAUCAACAUCAUUGUUAAAGGAGGGAACUAUGGCUGGAGAGCGAAGGAGGGAUUUGAAUGCUAUGACACAAAGCUUUGCCACAAUUCCUCUUUGGAUGACAUUCUCCCAAUAUUUGCAUAUGGCCGCAAUGUGGGGAAGUCGGUCACUGGAGGUUAUGUAUACAGAGGAUGUGAAUCGCCCAACUUGAACGGCCUCUAUAUUUUUGGUGAUUUCAUGAACGGUCGACUUAUGGCUUUACAGGAAGAUGAGAAGACAAGUAAGUGGAAGAAGCAAGAUAUCUGCAUUGGUAGCACAAAAGCUUGUGCUUUCCCUGGGAUGAUCAGUUCUUACAGCAAAUUCAUCAUCUCAUUUGCUGAGGAUGAAGCAGGUGAGCUGUAUUUUAUGUCUACUUCUUACCCCAGUGCCUAUGCACCACAUGGAUCACUCUACAAAUUUAUUGAUCCUGCAAG